UUUUGUCGUUGGUCAAUUUGAAAUAACAAUAAUCAACAAGAGCUUUUACGCAAUCAAUAAUUCUCUAUUCAAAGGAUUCUGCAAGAGAAAAAUAUAUACAGAUACUCUUAACCAAAAACUUUAUGCUGAAAUAUUGAUUUUUAAUGUCUGUUAUACCUUUUAUUCGAAGAAAGGUCUUAAACCAACUUACAUCAUUAAAUGUUUGCAAGCUAGUCACUGCUUGGAUAUCAAAUGCAUCAUCAGCUGGAAGUAUAUCUUCAUUUGAUGAUCCAAUUGAAGGAGCUGAAAGAAAGACUGUCACUCUUAUACCGGGUGAUGGUGUUGGUCCUGAAAUAACAGCAGCAGUAAAACAUGUGUUUAGUUCCAUUGGAGUACCAGUAGAUUGGGAUAUAGUUUAUGCUAGUGAUAUAGGAACAUAUGGGGAAGAGACUGCUUUAAAAACUGUGAUAGAUUCAAUGAAAAGAACACGCGUAGGGUUAAAGGGUAUUUUAGCAACUCCCACUAGUAUUGGAGCAGAACGUCAUUUAUCAUUAAAUCAACAAUUAAAAUUAAAGCUGGACCUUUUUGCAAACAUUGUUCAUUGUAAAUCAAUGCCAGGUUUACCUACUAGACAUAAAAACGUAGACAUUGUUGUAAUAAGAGAACAAACUGAAGGAGAGUAUACUAGCUUAGAGCAUGAGAGUGUGUCUGGAGUAAUUGAGAUGAUAAAAGUGAUAACACGAACAAAAUCAGAACGAAUUGCUAAGUUUGCAUUUGAUUAUGCUAUGAAGCAUAAAAGAAAGAAAGUUGUUUGUGUGCAUAAAGCUAACAUCAUGAAACUUGGAGAUGGUUUAUUUUUUGAAUCCUGUAAACGAAUAUCAAAAAUGUAUCCGAAAAUUGAGUUUGAGGGUAUGAUUAUAGAUAACACAUGUAUGCAGCUUGUUUCUAAACCACAGCAGUUUGAUGUAAUGGUUAUGCCAAAUUUAUAUGGUUCAAUUGUUAAUAAUGUUGGAACUGCACUAGUUGGUGGAGCUGGUGUAGUGUGUGGAAAAAGUUUUGGUAGAGAGUUUGCCAUGUUUGAACCAGGUGCUAGACACACUUAUGCACAAAGAGCAGGGCUAAAUGUUGCUAAUCCUACAGCAAUGUUAUUUGCAGCUUGUGAUAUGUUAGAACAUAUACAUUUUAGAAAACACUCUCGCAUGAUCCGUGACGCAGUUAUUAAAACCAUCAGUGAAAGAAAGUAUUUAACUAUGGAUAUGGGUGGAAGUUGUAGUACAGCUGUAUUCACGAAUCGUAUUAUUCAAAAUGUUAAACUUGAUGUAUAAAUUUUAGAGUAUUUUAAUAUAAUGUUCUGUAAAA